AUGGCGGAGGUCGCGCCUUUGACAUCAGUAAGACUGAAAUCAGCCAAUAACUUAAAGUGUGCUAAAGAGGAGCAGGCUCACGCGCAUGGCCGUAAGGCUGCCUUGGAAACACAGCAAAUCCACUGGACUGCAGCAGCGGAAGAACACCAGAACGCCGCCCAGGACUAUGCUAAGACCGCCCGAACAGUGAACGAUGGAGAGGCUCUUCGAGUCCUAAGACUACUAGAACAGCAGCACCGUAAGCUAGCUGAGAUCAUCAAGUCUCCAAUCCCGGAUGAUGUGACUGAGCAUCCUGCCCAACAUGUGCCGGAACCAGGACCGUCUUCGAGCAAGUCGGACUCCUCGCGAGCAGUGACUAACACCAACAAGACGUCUUCGAAGCCGGUCAAGACAUCGGCACUUUCCGGAGCCAGAGUCGGCAGUCAAGCUCGUGAUACGUCUCCAUCACUUGCUCGGGACAUCGCAUCACGUCGUGGCAUCCCACAGACAUCGAGACCAUCUCCCGCCGCUCAAGCCCGCGCCAGACAACUGUCUCCAGAAUCGAGCAGGAGACGUGGCAACGCACCAAGAAUACCUCCUUCGGUAGUCGACAGCCAGGCGAGUCUUUCGAGGAGCAAACUUACACGAAGGGCUGAGGAGGACGAUGGCUUUACCAAGUUCUACAGCGGACUGACUACUGGCACCAUGUCCAAGCUCUCCUCAGUCUUGGCAUAUGCCGGUCUACCAUUGGCAGCGGACGAUAUCAAGCAGGAACCAACACCCUUAUCGAAAGCCGGUAAACAUACCGUUUCGGCAAGUAAUGAUCCGGAUGUCAGAAAAUUGUUCUCAAAAGCAGCGCUGGCGGCCGUCGAAGAGGAUCAUCGCCAGCGUGGGACAUUUGGCCGUGGCUUUGGCCCGGCAGAGAGCUUCUACGUUGUUCCCACAACGGGUAUGACGAAAUCUUUUGCCGACAUCGCGCGUCAUCGAGGCAUUGAGGAGGACGAAGACGAUUUCGUUGAUGCUCAAGAAGCUCCUGGUCCACCAUCGCCCAUUCGGAGCCGCAUACCGCAGAGUGCCCGGGCCUCUUUCGGCAAAGGCCGGACGCAAGAGGAACUUGAGCUGGAAAACACGACGUUGAAAGUGACACUCGAGCAACUCGCUGGCAGACUGGCCAACUUUGAAGUUCAUGCGCAAGAUGCUUCGAUGGCAGCGCUAACGCAAAGUAUGGUGGCAGUACAUCCUCCCGCUACUGGCCCAAGUGCUGAGGCCGGCACAGCAGAAAGAGUACGCCAGCUGGAGGAACUGGUUAGUAAGGCGGCGGAGGAGAAGCAACAGCUAGAGAUGCAAGCCCGACAACAGCAGAACGAGCUCAAGAAGUGGAACACUAAAUACCAGAAGCUUUACGAGCGAGCCAGGUCGAAGCAGCAGGCGAAGCAGUUCGCAAGGAAGCCGUCCGAGGAUGGUGGUGGUGGCGAGGCUGUAGCAGACUGA